ACUUGUGGGGACAUAACAUACUGUUUGUGACAUUUGAUGAUAUGGUGUAUGGAUUGGGAUCUAAUAGUGAGGGUCAGCUCGGGUUAGGACACAACACACACAUUCAUACACCACAACGAGUGCCAGAACUAUGCCAUCAAAAUAUACAUCAGUUUAUAAGUGGAGAAGACUUUGUAUUGGCUGUCAAUACGGAUAAUAAUGUGAUAUUCAGUUUUGGUCGCAAUGAUGAGGGACGAUUGGGACGGAAUGUGGAUAUGGAUGAGGAUGAGGACGAGGAUGAGGACGAGGAUGAGGAUGAGGAUGAGGAUGAGGAUGAGGAUGAGGAUGAGGAUGAGGAUGAGGAUGAGGACGAGGAUGAGGAUGUAUUCGGGUGGGGGUGUAAUGAUAAGGGACAAGUUGGUUGUGGCGAUGAAAAAACUCACGAUAAGUUGAAUAAUUCAGUAUCAUUUGAAAAGUCAUUUGAUGUAAUAAAAAAGCUUGGUGAGGGUGGCUAUGGAAAGGAUUGACAGAAAAAGAGAAACAAAAUGUUUUGAAUGAAACGCAAAGUCUUGUGAAACUUCGGU